AUGGAGCCCGAAAAGGACAGCGACGGAUACGGCGAAACAGAGGCUCCGCUGACCACUGCCUUACCAUCGGACGUAGCUUGGAGUGAAACUCAAAGCGAUGGCAUGGGAGGGCGAGAGGAACAGGAACGGGACAGCUCUAACGGUUUCCCGGCUAGCGACGAUUUCGGUGCGACCGGCGCAGGCGGAGCGGCGGGACGGACAAGCUCCAAUGAUAAUGACUCAAACCAGCCGCGCGAGGCCCCGUUCCCCCUGCGCCAGCGCCACCGCCUGCAGCUGCACGUGGCCAUCCCCGGCAGUCCCGAGGGGCACGAUGGGGGCGCGCAAGGCGGAACCCACAGGGCGGGGGUGGCGGGUUCCGGGGCCGGGGUAGAGACAGACAUGGGAGGACUUCCAUGGAGCAUGGGGGAUGGGAUGGGUUCAUCGCUGUCCUAUUCAGGAGCAGGCGCAGGAGCAGGGGCAGCAGGAGCAGGAGGAGUAGCAGGGGGGGAGCUGAGUCCCCCUAGCAGGGCGGUGGAUGCUCUCAUUGGGAGCUCCGUGGAGUCUCAUGGGUUGUCCCAGUCCCUCUCUCAUCCCUCCACGCACCCUCCUUCACAUCCGCCUGCUUCGGCGGCGUUCUCUGCAGCUGCUGAGUCAGGCGAUCUUGCUUCUGAGUCAGAUGGCCUAGUCGCUGAGUCAGGUGGCGCGGACGCACGGGCUUCGGCUGAUUCCCAGGGACACAUGGCGGAUCAGGGAAGAGCAACAUUCGCAGCAGCAACAGCAACUGCAGCAGCAGCAGCAGCAGCAGCCGCAGCAACAGCAACAACAGCAGGAGCAGCUGCUGGGGAAGGAGAAACGACAGGAGCAGGAGGAGCAGGAAGAGAAGGAAGAGAGAGCGACACAGCACGAACCAGCACAGGCGGCAAAGAGGGAAUGCGGCAGGGGGCAGAAGCAGGGAAGAGCAUUCCACCAGGGGGAUUGUCACUACCCAACAGCAUCCACAGCGGCUCCACCAGCAAACCGGAGGCUCUGAACCGCCUGGGAGUGGGCCUGGAGGUCUUCCCCUCUGACCUCCGGAGCCCUUCUGAUGCUCGCAGCCCCUUUGGCCUUCGCAGCCCUGCUGGUUCCUCUGACUCUGCUCUGCCCUCCUCGCCCUCUCGCAUGCGGCGCCGCAGCAGGCAUGGGGUUCCAGGGGCGGCUGCUGCUGCUGCUGCGGGUGGUGUGGCUGGUGCGGGUGGAACGGGACUGGGUGCCAGACUGAGCAGCAGCAGCAGCAGCAGCGGCACCUCCACCACCUCCGCCACCACCAGUAGUAUCAUCACUGCUUCCGUCCCCCCGCCUGUGCCUCCCCUUCCUCACCCCGGUUCGUCUUAUGCGUCUCCUUCUGUGGGAGUCGAGGGGAAGGACGGGAGUGAUAACAGAGGGAGCACGAGCAGCAGCAGCAGCAGCGGUGGCGGCGGCGGCAACGGCGGGGACGGUCGGAGCAAGGGCGGCAGUGUGAGCCCCCGGGCGGCAGCUGACGUGGAGCUCAACUCACCCAGCUUUUCCUCCUGGAACCUCUCCACUUUCCCCCUCCCUGCCGUCCCUCCUCUCUCCUCCCUCCCCCUGCCCGCCGUCCCACUCCCUUGCUCCUCUCCCCUGCCUCCCUCUGUGCUACCUUCCGCACUGGCCUCGUCUUCUGCUGCUGCUGCUGCUGCUCGCAGUGCGGAAGCCACCCGGCUCACCCUUCCAGCCUUCACCAGUAGCGACCUCCCCUGGAGGAGGGAAAAAGCGCCUCCCCCGUUCACUCAGCCCCUGGGGGUUGCAGCAGCAGCAGCAGAAGCAGCAGCAGCAGCAAGGGAGCCGAGAGGAGAGCGAGUGGCAGUAACAGCAGAGCGUGGUGGGAGCGAGGGAGGAGAAAGGGUGGAAGCAUUGGAUGGGCUCCCUUCCCCUCCUUCCUCUCCCGAGGUUCCGCUAUUUACGCUUGAACCAGCCACCCUUGUAUCGUUUUCACACAGGAGGGGUGGGGGUGGGGACAGCACUGAGGAGGGUGGGAACGGCACCAGCGACACAUUCCACCACCACCACCACCACACACGAUCCACAUCCUCUCCUGCUGCUCGCCAGGACGCCUUUUCCUCCCCAGCUGCCCAUCAGAACGCCUCUCGCUCUGCUUCACACUCGGAAAUACCACUGUCCCACUCUGAGUACGGUGGUGGGGACGAGCCCACCUCUCGCUCCUUCCCCUCCAUACGCGCUCUCAUUCAAGCUGCCUCCUCUGCCGCCCCUCCCGCUGCCCCUGCUGCUUCUUCUUCUUCUGCUCCUUUGGCGUCUGCCUCUGCCUCUGCUGCUGCUGCCUCUCGUGCCUCUGCUGCUUCUGCCUCUGCUGCGGCUACUUUCUCUCCCCCUCCCCGAUCUUCUUCAAGAAUGCUUCAAAAGACGGGCCGGAAUAGUCUUUCCCUGCCCGACUCGGUCCUUUCUCGGGCAGCAGAUGCUAUCCUGGCAGAGUCCAGAGGAAAUAGGGCUGUGGCAGGGGGAGUUGAGAUUGGGGGGGAGGUGGGGACCGUGGGAUGGAGGUAUGCUGCUGGGAGUAGUGGGCUUAGGCAGGUGGAAGGGGGCAGGCGGGCGGAGGACGGGGAAGGGAGGGCUGACGAAGGGGAAACAACGGGGGAAGAGGGGACAAGGAGGGGGGAGGAGGGGGCAAAGAAAGAGGCGGACCCUUCUGCUGUUACUCCCCAUGCUGCUCCCCCCUCUGCUGAUCCUUCCCCUGCUGUUCCCCCUCCUGCUCUCCCACCCACUGCUGUGGGACCGGCCUCGCCCCCAUUCCACUCCAUGGUCCCGCUACUGCACUCCCUCCUGGCGCAACUAGACUCGACAGGCUUGUCGGGGGGAAAGGAAGAGGCGGAAGGGCAGCAGGAGGGAGAGUCUGAGGGCGUGGUGGGGGAUGGAGUGCGGUGGGAAGGUGCAAGGGAGCGGGAUAAGGAGGUUGAGGCGGGUGAACUAGGUCAACGGGUUCGGAAGAGGGACGCAGCGAGGGAACUCGAGAAAGCUCUUAGAACUUUCUUAGGCACGAUUGGGGAGAGCGGGGGAGAGGGGGGGGUGGCGGUGGCAGGGGGGAGUGUUCUGGGGAGUGGAGGAACGGAAGGGGAGGAAAGAGAGGGUGGUGAAGAGGCAAGGGUGCGAGGGAGGGAGGGAAGUGCAGGGGAGUGCAGAGCUCCAGGUGACGACGGGUCAGGUGAAAUGUCAGGUGAGAGGUCAGGUGAAACGUCUGGUGCACGCUUGGGGGUGGUGGGGGAGAGAGGCGUGGGUGUGGGAGGAGAAGGGUUGGGCAGUGGGGAGGAGGAGCAAGGGAAGCUGUGUGGGAGCGCAAUUGGGGAGGAGGGGGAGAGAGGUGGAGACGAAGAGAGAAAGGGGCAGCAGGAAGAGAGGAGAGGGGUGGAGGGGCAUCAGGUAACGGCUCUUGACAGCAAUCUGAGAAGCAGCGUGAGCAGCAGUUUUGAAAGCAAUUCGAGAUUGACCUUGAAUAAGAGUGUGGACGGCAGUGGGGAUAGCAGCUUGGGCAGCAUGUUGGGAAGCAGUCAGGCUUCUGGUCACGGUUUGAGUGCAGGUUGUGGUGAUGGUGCUGUUGUUGACAGUAGCAGCCGGGCAGGGGAGGGUGCUGGUAGGCUAGGGGGUGAUAGGUUACCGCUGGUGGGGGGAGGAGUGUCGAUUGUAGGAGAUGGGGAAGGUGGAGGUGGGUUGGGGGCGGAGGGGAAAGAGAGAGAGGAUGGAAUGGGGAAGAAGGUUGAGGAGUGUGUAGAAGAGGGAAGUGGGAAAAAAACACAGAGGGAGGAGGGAGAUGAGAGGGAGGGAAGGGAGGGGGGAGAGGAAAAGGAGGAGAGGGAGGGCGAUGCAUCAUCAGAGGAGGAGUUUUACGAGGCAGAGGAGGGGGGGGAUGGCAUGAGUCUAGGUCUGGGGGAGGAGGAGGACGCUGUGGUUGACGCUUUUCUUAACUACCAGGAUGAGGAUGAGGGGACCGUGGGGGCAGGGGGGGCAGAGCGGGCAGAAGGGGCAGAGGGGGCGGAUGGGACAGAGGGGGCGGAGGGGGGAGAGGGUGGAAAAGGGGCAGAGGGGAAAGAGGGGUCUAUUUAUGAAGCGUCUCGAAAAGAGGGGCCGGCGGGAGGGGAGGACGAGACGAGGGGAGCAGUGGUGGGCGUUGCUUUGGAUGAUGGGGAUGGGACGGAGGAGGGGAAGAGGCAGGGAGGAGGGGAGGAAGGAGGGGAGGGCGCGUGGAGGGGCGCAGUGGGGAAGGGAGAAGAACGGGGGAGAGAGGAAGGGAAGCGAGAGGAGGUGGUGAGGAGUGGUUUGAAUGGAAGUGAGGAGCGGAAGGAUGGAGAGACGGCAGAUGGAGGGGAGACGAGGGUGGAGGAGAAGGGGGCGAUUGUGAUAGAGUCUAGUUUGGAUGGGGUUGAUGGCACGAUAACAGCAGUGACAGCAGUGACUGGAUUUGGCAAAGGAGUAGAGGUGGAGGGAGAGACAGUGGCAGAGGAAGAGGCAGAGGCAGGGAGAACGAUACACAGAGAGGCCGAGGGUGAAGAGGGGUUGGGAUCAGGAGAACGGAGAGGAGAGGAAGGGGGAGAAGGGAGAGGAGAGGGGAAGGGAGAGGCGGGAGAGGGGAAGGGGGAGGGGAAGGGAGAGGAGGGAGAGGGGAAGGAAGAGGGGAAAGCUGGCACUAAGAGUGAUGGGGCGCAGGGAGUUCCAGAAGAGGAACCAAGCAGUGGGGUGCAGAUCGGUGCGGGGGAGUUAAUAGGAGCAACGGGGGAUGAGAGAACGGAGGAUACGGGGUUAAACAGUGCAUCGUGUGCAGAGGGGAGGUCAGAUGGUGAGUCUGAGCGCGAUAGUUCAGGAACAGGGGUGAGGGAAGGCGUGGAAAAGUUGGCUCCAGGUGCAUUGAUGCUGCCUGAUGGGCUCACACCGGCAGAGGACGAGGAGAGGGCACAAACAGCAGCAGCAGCAGCAGCGGCGGCGGCGGCAGUGGCGGCGGCGGCAGCGGCGGCGGUGGCGGUACCGGCGGUACAGGCAGAUGGAAAAGAGGCAUUGCUAUCUCCACAUUCAUCAGCACAGGAAGCAGCAGCAGCAGCAGCAGCAGAAGAAGCAGCAGAAGAAGCACCUGUAGGGGCGGCAGCGGCAGAAGCCACUGUCGCAGGGGCGAAAGAAGAAGCUGACACCCUCUCAGGACGUGCACCGUCUCAAGCAUCAGCAUCACAAGCACGAGAAGGACCAUUGGCAGCAGGAGCAGUGGAAGCAGACAGACCGGAUGUAGGUGCAAUUGCACCAGAAUCAGCCACGCCUGGGGAACCUACAGGUUCCGCUUCUCCUGGUGGUGAUGAUGAUUCCCCUCACACCGGCCCAGUUUCCCACUCUCCGCCAUCAUCGCACCCCUCCCCACCAUCCCACACAUCCCCGCAAUCCCACUCUUCCUCUUCCACCAACACCCCUCACUCUCCUUCCAGCAAGUGGGGAGCGGGGGGGACCCUUCCCCGCCCCCUCCGCUCGUCCUCCCUCAAGGUCUCCUCGUCGCUCUCUCUCUCUGCUGCUGGCUCGAGACUCAUGUCCCGCGUCCGCUCUGUCACCCGGUCGAGAAGCGGUGGGGGGAGUGCGGUUAUGGGGGUGACUGGUGGAGGAGGAGGAGGGAGUGGGGACGGGGGGGUUGGUGCAGGGUCUGGGGAGGGUGGGAGCCCAGGAGGGGUGGGGAGGGAUGAGGGGUUGGAGGAGAGGGGUGAGGAGGGGGUUAUGGGAGAUGGUCUGAGUGGUGAAGGGGGUGGAAAGGGAUUGGAUCAGGUGGAGAGUGGUGGUGGGGGGCGUGCAGUGGUAGCAGGUUUGAUUGAUGGUGAUGUGGCAUCGAGGGUUGGAGGGGCGGUGGGAGGGGGAAGAGAUGGGGAAGAGGGAGUGGAGUCGAGAGAGGGGAGAGACGGGGGGAAGACAGGGGGAGAUGACAGGAAUGACAAAGGAGGGAAAGGACUGGAGAAAGGAGGUGAUCCAAAACAGCUACAAUUACAUCAGCAGCAGCUACAACUUGGGGGGGACACUAAGCAUGCUGACGUGGACAAUUCGACUUCUCCACUGCACACCAUGCCUACUCAUUCCAAGUUCUCCGUCCGCGGCUUGACCAUCCAAUCCCCGAAAGGUGACGGGUCUCCGCCGCUCCUGUCGGACGUGAGCCUCGAAGUUCCACGUGGCGAGAUCACCGUCCUUGUCGGCCCUAGCGGCAGCGGCAAGACCACCCUCUUACGCACUCUUAAUCGCCUCACCGAGCCGCCUCGAAACUCCGUGUUCCUCGAUGGCACCGACAUAACUUCCUCGAAGCUUCCUGUAAUCACCCUCCGGCGCCGCGUUGGCAUGCUCUUCCAGACCCCGAGCCUCUUCGACGGUACCGUUGCAGACAACAUCAGGUUCGGGCCGAACCUUGAGGGUAGGCAGCUCCCAGACGAGAAGAUCCACGAGCUACUCAGUCUCUCCGGGCUCGAGCCGUCUUUCGCGGAGCGGGAUUCGCGGAGCCUAUCCGGGGGACAGGCGCAGCGCGUGGCGCUCGCGCGCGCUCUGGCGAACGACCCCGAGGUGCUGCUACUGGACGAGCCGACGAGCGCGUUAGACCCCGCGGCGACUCUUAAAGUGGAGCAAGCCGUGCAGACGCUGUGCCGCGAGCGAGGCCUGACGGCGGUUUGGGUCAGCCACAGCGCGGAACAGGUAACGUGCGUGCGUGGUGAUUGGGAAGCAGUGAGGGGGAAGCGUGAGGGAAGAGACGUCGAGGGGGUGCUGCGCGUGUCGCACUCGCUCGUGCUGCUGCACAACGGCGCUGUCGCCGACGCGCUGCCCACGGCACUGCUGCGCUCGCCGGACGCGGCUCUACGCGCCGCGCACCGCCUCGUGCACGAAUUCCUGGGGGGCUUGCUCCAGGGCAGCGCAGACAGGGAGUAG